CUCUAAUCUAUAUUUAGUAAUUUUACUAAAUAAAUAUUAAAUAUUUAAUAUUAAUUAAAAUUAAAUAGCCGCCUAAAUAGAUCUUUUUUAAAUCAAGGAUUGAUUUUAAUUUAAUACGACUUUUAUUAACGCUUUUAUUCUUCUUUUCGAUUGUUUUAUUAUUAUUAUUUUAUUUCAUUUUUUUUGUUUGUUUUUUGUUUUUUUUUGUGAUGGUUGAGGCGCGCGCGGCGGGAGUGGACUCCAGUGCCGCCUUGCUGCUCGCGCGACUCUUCACCAUGGCGCGCGACACGGGAGACACGGGUGUAGCGGGGUCGGGGUCCGAAUCCUGGGCGAUGAUGAUGACCCAGCCGCCGUCGUCGUCCACCGUGCCGCGGAUGCCGCCCGAGGCGGGCAACCGGACGCGUUGCGCCGCGUACGUGCAGAGCUACGGCGGCGUGGAGCGCGCGCUGAUCGGCGGCGUCCUGACGGCGCUGACGCUCGUGACGGCGUGCGGCAACCUGCUGGUGGUGGUGUCCGUGUGCUCGGUGAAGAAGCUGCGGCAGCCCUCCAACUACCUGAUCGUGUCCCUGGCGCUGGCUGACCUCUCCGUGGCGCUCGCUGUCAUGCCGUUCGUCAGCGUCACUGACCUGAUCGGCGGCCGCUGGAUCUUCGGACAGUUCUUCUGCAACGUCUUCAUCGCCAUGGACGUCAUGUGCUGCACCGCGUCCAUCAUGACCCUCUGCGUCAUCAGCAUCGACAGGUACCUGGGCAUCACGAGGCCUUUAACGUACCCGGUGCGUCAGAACGGAUGGUGCAUGGCGCGGAUGGUCCUGUCAGUGUGGCUGCUCUCGGCCUCCAUCACGCUGCCGCCGCUGUUCGGUUGGGCUCAGAACGUCAACGAUGAUAACCAGUGUCUGAUCAGCCAGGACUUCGGUUACACCAUCUACUCCACCGCCGUGGCCUUCUACAUCCCCAUGAGCGUCAUGCUGGUUAUGUACCGCCGUAUUUACUGCGCCGCGAAGCUCAGCGCCGCUAAGCACGCCAUCUCGGGCUUCCCGCGGCCGAGCGAUGGAGGCGCCGACGACGACAGGAACAGCCGAGACGACGACAGCGACUGCAUUACCAUGGCUAUGAAGAUGCACCGGCUCAGAGGAGCGAAAUGGAACGAAGCCGAACGCAAAAGCGCCUCCAUUUUCAGGCGUGAGCAGAAGGCGGCGGCCACACUGGGGGUGGUGCUGGGGGCGUUUACUUUCUGCUGGCUGCCGUUCUUCGUGCUGUCGACGCUGCGUCCGUUCGUGUGCGGCGUGCGUUGCAGCUGCGUGCCUCUGUGGAUCGAGAGAACGCUGCUGUGGCUCGGCUACGCCAACUCCCUCAUCAACCCCUUCAUCUACGCCUUCUCCAACCGCGACCUGCGCACCGCCUACCGCAGCCUCCUCGCCUGCCGCUACCGCAACAUCAACCGCAGACUCUCCGCCGCCGGCGUGCACGAGGCACUGAGACUCGGCCCGAGGUCAGAGGUCACGCUGUCUGUCUGAACGAGUUUUCAAAUCCCCUCGAGCUCGAAUCAGGACUUCAAGACUGAUUGUAUUUUGGUGUAAAGGGUGAGGAUGUGAGAGACACCCAACAACCACACGCCUUUGACCCUGCCUAAGGUCAAAGGUCAUGAACAGCUCGAGGUGACUUUGAACUUUCACAAUCACUCUGUACUGUUUAAUUGGACUUUAUAUAUGAACCAUGAUUUUAAAAAAAUCAAAAAUUAAAUAUGAAAGUUAAAGAUGUCCAGCGGUCAGAUGUCACCAAGUCAGACUGACCUUCAAAAUGGAGGACGAGGUAGCAUUCACAAUUUCAGUAAAAAGGUUCUGAAUUUCCAUGUUGUGUUUUUUUUAAUGUUGUGGAAAAUAUUAUAUUAAAAUAAGUGUCUGAUAAUCAUUUAGAAAAUUUUGUAUAAAAAAAGAGGAAGUAAACGUGUUAAAGUCCUAGUGGGCGUGGCCUGAUAUUCUAAUGAGUCUAAUGACAGCCCACUCGGUUGUUAGAUUUGCUUUUGUUUAUUUGGUUUGUUUGGAAUUAAAGAGAUUGUUUAAGUGGAAUAUGUUAUUUUAGGGCAACCUGUGUGGGUGGAGCUUCACAGGAUAAGCUCCUCCCACCUUUCAGAGACAGAGGAGAGAUGCGUGUUGUUUAAACGACUUUAACCUCAUUAGGAAGUGGAGGAUGUUUUUUAGCUUUUGGAGAUUAAAACUGGUUCAGAUGAAAGCAGAAGAAGGUUAGAGGAAUUAAUGUUCUGUGUUUUUAGUGACCUCACAGUGUGAAAUCACACAAAUCCACAAAUCCACCAGAGAUCACAGGAAGAAAGUAAUAAAUGAUAUAAAAGUAAAAAAUGAUCAGAAGAGGACAGAUGUUCAGAGUCAAGGUGAAGCUCCAGAAAUCUCUCACAGGGUUCUGAUAUUAUCACAAUAUUUAUAAGGUCUCCAGGGAAGUGUCUCGUCAUCUAAUAAUAGAGAAAUGGUUAUAGAGCGUUAUAACAUCUCAUGACCGCAGUGAGUGCCCAAAGCAGCAGGUGAUCAAGAAGUGAUGGAUCACAGCGACAGCGACGGUUAAAGAGAGACUUCCUUAAUUCCACGUGAAUAAAAUACAGCACUAGAGCGUAAAGAACCAAAUCCAAACAACUGGCUGGAAUAAUUCAUCAGAACAGACGUCUCUGUGGUGUGACGGUUCUUCACUCAGAGCUUUAGUUCCAUCGUCAUCAUCUUCCUCAUUAUCAGUAAAUAUGUACAGAGACAUUGAGAAAAUGAAGCUCAGAAGGAAGUCUGAUCUGAGGAGGAAGCUGAGUAAUGUAAGAUGUACAUCUCGCAAAAUAUCAAAUACUAGCCAGGCCACGCCCACAGGCGACAAGCUAUAAACACAACAGAUGUUUUUUUGUGAAUAUAAAUGUUUAAAGAUGUCUCUCUUCUCUGGAGCACAGACAGAGCCGUCGUCUAUAAGGGAAUAUAGCGGAUUAUCAGCCCUGCUCUUUACACCAGCAAUAUUUAAUACAGUAUUUCAGUUUAUUCAGACUGUUUUAUAACAUUUAUUUUGUACAGUAAAUGUAUGAGUACUGUAAAAUAAAAUAAAAUAAAUAACUCCUACAUGUCACUGAUGUUUAUAAAAUAUUAUUCAUAGAUUUAAGCAUCCUGAUGUUCACUCUCUGGAUCUACUGUGUAAAAAAAAUAAAUAAAUAAAAUACUGAAAGUGAAAGAACAGGAAAUAAUCGUUCUUAUUGUUCAUGUUGAAAUUUGUGCAAAUGUGAGAACAGGAAGU